AUGAUAAAUUUCUCAAAAUUUCACGACUUUACCGCGGAGCUUCAAUCUCUAAUCUUGAAGCGUUGUGAGCGAAGAGACUUGACAAGAUUAUCACAAACAUCGCGUGAUAUGUAUGAACGUACUGUGCCAAUAUUGUACCGUCAUGUAAAUCUUAGCUCUCAUCGAACCACCUCUAAUGAUCUAAUCGACUUAAGAGGCUUUGCGUAUACAUCUCUGCAACACAAAGACAAUGUGAAGCGGCAGAACGCAUUCAUCGAUACGAUUCUCAAAUUGCCCACGCUAGGGUACUUCGUUUUGACUUUAACUUGGACCAUCUAUCCGAGGCAGUGUUCAGAUAACCAGAAAUGCGAGGAUAAUGCAAAAAUGUGGGAGGCGUGGAAGUUGCUAUUUCGAGUCAAAAGACUAGACAUUUAUUCAUUUGCUGCUGACUGGGGAGACUUUAUUUAUCUUCCUGCACAACCGGCUUACGAAGAUUAUUUGGGACCUUCAGCAAUUAUAACGCCAGCGGUAUUCCCCGAAGCUACUGUCAUUCGAAUAGGAGGUCUUAUGCCCUAUAACUAUUUCCGCGCUUGUGUUUCGACACCUUCUAUUGUAGCUUCUUUGGAGAUGGAAAAUCUUCAAGGCCUCUUACAACUGAGAGAUGGCUGUAAUCUUUCAUUUCAUGUUGUAGUUUGUCGUAAUAUUGACCAUCAUUUCUGGAGAAAUCAGACAAGAUAUAAAGAGACUAAGGAUGAGAGCGGAAUUCCUGUAUUGAGACACGCCGGCCCAAUGAGAGGGCAUCUACAGCCUCUUGUUGGAAAAUUUGUGAGAUUGGAACAUCUUAAAAUCUCUACGGCGGGUCGUGAGGUUAGUCGAGAUGUUAGAUGGUCAGAGACAAGAGAAAAAAAGCGUUAUUCCGAAAUGGCAAAUUUCAUCAAAUCGGUAGCACCCAAACUGGUUACUUUUGCUUUUGAACAAGGAGUGGGACUUGAACCACUUCAAAAAUGGCAAUUGGAGUCGUAUGAUUAUACAUCCACAUCGAGUCAAUCGAGAAGGCCAAUGGAUGAUUACUUUUUAAAGUAUUUACUUCCAGCAUUGUUAGAAGGAACUUGGUCCCAACUCAGGAAAUUUUCCAUCCAAGGUGUCUGUGGAAAUGUUAGGUAUGAAACGAGACACUUGCUUAGAUAUGUGAACUUUACACCAGAGCCACCUGAAGCUCUAGAGUCUGUUAUGUACCAGUUGCGUUCUGUCAUGAGCAAUAGUGUCGCGCUCACUUUGGAGAGGGAGACUCAGAGGGUAUUUCACACGUCGUCUUUUAAUGUCUACAGAACACGAAAUUAG